AUGGAAAAACGUCAGGAAGGACUCGCUCCAUUUUCAUCAGAUGAAUGCCCCAAUAGCGGAGAAGAUAGUGACGAAGAUGUGAUUACGGAUUACUUAGGUUCUGAAAUCAAUGACUGUAAUCACCAUGUGUCUGUAGUGAAUGGUGAACUGGCGUCGUUGAAUCUUGAUGACGACAACCAUACUAACGCUCAAUAUACCAAAGAUAAUCCGGAUAUUAUAAUGUCUGAGAGCGGCGAAGAUCAGCGUCAUUCAGAUCCUCCGACGCUUGAAGUUAAUAUUCGUAACCAACAGAAUCCACUAGUUCCGAUUAUCAGCGUUACUCCUCACUCUCCGGGAUUAGCUAAGCAUUAUCCUGUCUUAGAAGAUAAUCUCCAACAGCUUCAUGAAAUUCACAACAGUAUUCAGCGAAUGCGUGAUUUGACAUUAUGCACCUUAGGCUUCGGGAAUCGUUUGCUACAGAAUGAACCAUCACAGCGACUAAGUGCAUCAUGUCCAUCACUUUGUCCUUUGAGCUUAGCAGCCGCAAAAGGACGUGCUGGUGAUCGUGGUGGUCCUGGUCCUGGUUCAGAUCCUGAUCUUGCCAAUUGUUCUACCAACAGUUCUCCAACACAUUUUCCAAAUUCUGGACAAUUACCACCUUCAAUGCUGGGCGUAGAUCGACGUCGCAGUUGGACUGAUCUUGAGGAAAGUCGACACCGUCAUCGGUGUCAAAUUCAAAACCAUUUACAAGCACAAAAUAUGAGACAACGCAGUAUCAGUCUGAGUAGUCUAGAUAGCGAAAUAGACCUUGAAUCGGACGGUAAAUCACGUUCCCCUUGUGCAGGAGUUACUAAUAGAUCGUGUAGAUCUCAAACAAGUACCCACUCUCUCAAUGAGGCUGACCUUGUUCAGAUUGAUUUACAGAAGCUAGCGGUUAAAAGAGGUGGCAAUCAAAGGUCAACGGAAACAUCAAACUUACUACCAGGGGUUACAGGAUCACGUUUACCCCUUCAAAAAUCAAUUUCCACACCAUCAAUCAUCACCCCACCUGGACAAACUUUACUUGCUGAGUCAGGUUCACGCGCAACCCCCUCUUUAGCCGCCAGACGACUUGAAAGAAAUGAGAAAGGUAGUGGAAGUGAGACUGAGACUGAGGACCUUCAUACAGCCCAUAGUCAUCAUCACCCAUUCCAUGAAGAUUUAAUACGUGAAGAUUCCGCUAAUGUUCAAGUUUCUCUCGACGAGCUUAUGACUGAUGGUACAGCUUAUGAUGAUCAGCAUUCGGAAAAAACACGUAGGAAGAGAGGUUCAUUAUUUUUCCGUAAAAAAAAAGACAAAAGUGGGAAGAAACCUAGUCCGCAGUCCCAUCAUUGGAUAACAAUGACUGCUGGGACUCAGGGAACUGUUGUUUGCGAUAUUUGCAUGAAACAACUUAGCAAUAAAUCUAUUUUACAGUGUGAAAUUUGCGGAACAUCAGUACAUCAAAAUCAAUCAUGUCGCGAUCAAGUGUCAACAGAAUGUUCAAAGACAAAGAGUACUAAAGGUGCUAUUAAAUCAAUAUCAAAUGUUUCAAUAGCUUCGAGUGUAGGACACGUUAAACGUGGUUCAACGGCUUCUCUACCGCCAACAAGCUCAUCUGGUUCCACUAAUCAAAUAAUCAGCGAGGAAAAAGACGGCGAUACUGGACAUCGAGAUAUUGUUAGCGGAUGGGAAGAGUUUGACUUUGGGGAUGACGUCCACUUGCUUACAAUCAGCGACAUAGAAGGACUGGAUCCAGAGUUAAAAUUGGGAGGAGAUGAACCAGAUUCUUGGAGCGCAGCAAUUGGACGUAGCGAAGCAUUGAGACUUGUUGACAAUAAUGAUCGUGAAGUUAAGCGUCAAGAGCAUAUUUAUGAAUUUGUCCUUACAGAAAAGCAUCACUGUCUUGUAUUGUUAGCAAUGGAUAGAAUAUUUGCUGAAGGAUUAAGGCGGCAUUUCCGUUUGGGUGCACCAGAUCUUGAACGAAUGUUUCCACGGUUACGUGAUUUAAUAGAUAUCCACUUGCGUUUUUUAUUAAAAUUACGAAAACGCCAAAGCGCUAAUCCAGUAGUACCGACAAUAGCUGACAUACUUGUUGAACAAUUUUCAGAUGAUAAUUCAGGACGUAUGACAAGUGCUUACGGUGAAUUUUGUAGCCGUCAUCGUGAUGCUGUUGAUACAUACAAGUAUUAUUUACGCAUGGACGCUAGAUUUGCACGGUUUGUUAAACUAUGUCAGACUAAUCCUUUGUUGAAGAAAAAAGGCAUACCUGAAUGUAUUUUAUUUGUAACGCAACGUUUGACAAAGUAUCCAUUGCUCGUUGAGCCGUUGAUUAAAACGGGUACAGUUAAUGAGGAAAAAGAAAAUUUACGCCAGGCAUUAAAUCUUGUUAAACAAAUACUGGGUGACGUUGACACUUGUGUUGCUGAUAAAGAACGUGAAGAUAGAAAAUUAGAAAUAUAUAAUCGUAUUGAUGCUAAAUCAUUUGCUCAUCAUCGUGGUGUUAAAUUUAAGAAAUCCGAUCUAAUGGCAUUUAAUCGUGUUUUAAAAUUCGAGGGUACUGCAUACCUUAUGCAAGGUCGUGGAAAAAUGGUACCAGUUACUGUAGUCGUCUUGUCUGAUGUAUUAUUAUUUUUAGCUGAAACACGAGAUCAAAAGUACGCUUUCUUUGUACCUGAUAAUAAAGCUGGAGUUGUAUCACUGCAAAAAUUAUUGGUCCGUGAAAAGGCUGGCCAAGAGUCUCGUAGUAUAUAUGUUAUCAGUAGCAAUCCCUCUGAACCAGAAAUGUUUGAGCUAAAAGUACAGAAACCAAAAGAUAAACAUUUGUGGAUCUCGGCUAUACGUUCUGCUGUUGAAGCAUGUCCACAGGACUGUGAAAAUGACACUUUAGAUGAAGGCUCUAUUGGUGAGAUUCCUGGUACUAGGUCAUCAUCUGCAUCUACUUUGUCUAUUGAUGAACGUCAACGUAUUGCUAAAGCCAAGGAAACUCAUAUACUACGAAUAAUAAGUGAGUUGAGAAAAAAAGACACCGAACAAGCGCUUUUGUUGGAAGAGAAAAUGGCUCUGCAGAUGAGAUUGGUAUACGAGGGUAAUAUGUGCAAUGAGAAUGAUACUGAAGCUGAUAAAACCGAGCGGAAUGAAAAUAUACCCGAUUACACUCGAUUGUGUCGUGGUGAUGGCUCUGAUUCGUGGCAAGUAUGGCAAGAGGUUGUAGUAGCUGUACAAGAAGCAACACGACUUGCUAGCUCUCUAUCGUACGGAGCGGGUGGUGGUUCAUUGUCACGAAGUUUAAGCUCUGCUGGUGAACGUCACAAUAGCCUCCAAGCUCAAUUAUCGGCGUGUAAAGAUGGUGGAGUAGGUAAAUCAUCAAACAGCCGGCCAAAUCCAAAUCGUCAAUUAGAGGAGCUGAGAAAUUUGCAAGAUCAGUUGAGUCGUGAAAAGGCAGCCUUCCGGGCAGCCACUCAGCAAGAACGGAAGGAGUUGUCUGAGGAGCGUGCUGAAUUAACGAGACUCAGAGAACAGGUAGCCGCUGAACAGCUCGACGUGACAAAUCAACGUGAUCAAUUGUAUCGACGACUCGAAGCAUUGGAACGCUCUGGUGUUGUUACAACGCCAACAGUUUGUUCAAAUGCAACUCACGUGUCUCACGUUAGCCAGUCCAGUGACACUCUUCAGUCACGCAAGUCAUUACCGGAUGCUAAAAGGAUACCGUUGAAUUUAAUAAGUGCUACUAAUCAACAGAAAGCACCAAGUAAUCUACCGCCUGUUAAGCAACAACUACCACUUAAGCUUGCCAGCGGCAGUAACAACAAUAGUACA